GCUUGGACUGAACGUGAAGUCCACUGCGCUGCGGCCCGUCUGAUGCAAACAAAGCAGCCCAGUUUCUUGAUCCGCUCCAACUGAUUCUUCGACUCCCAAGCGGAGCCCCUCCCCUCCGUCUCCAUGGAUAAGGCAGCCGAAGGCAGCAGACUGCUGUUGCAAGAAGAGGGCGGAGACGGAGAUCGACAACGGCUCGUCAUGCUUCCACAGGAUGCUGAUCUCAUCACAGGUGAUGGAUCUGUUGAUAUUAAAGGGCGUCCUGCACCAAAGCACACCACAGGCAAUUGGAGAGCAUGCUUUUCCAUUCUAGGCAAUGAGUUUUGUGAGAGACUGGCCUACUAUGGAAUUGCAAGAAACCUAGUUACUUAUCUGAAAGUAAAGCUUCAUCUAGGCAAUCUCGAAGCUGCAAGAAAUGUUACCACUUGGCAGGGGACAUGCUAUCUCACUCCCCUUAUUGGGGCCAUCUUAGCAGAUUCUUAUUGGGGAAAGUACUGGACUAUUGUUGUUUUCUCAUUAAUUUAUUUUAUUGGCCUGGCUAUUUUAACGCUAUCAGCAUCAGUUUCGGCACUGCAGCCACCUACAUGUCUAGGAACCGUUUGUCCAGAAGCAAGCUUACUUCAGUAUGGCAUAUUUUUCAUUGGCCUCUAUAUGAUAGCCCUAGGGACCGGAGGCAUCAAACCUUGUGUCUCCUCCUUUGGAGCUGAUCAAUUUGAUGACACUGACCCAGCAGAGAGAGCAAAGAAGACUUCCUUCUUCAAUUGGUUCUACUUUUGUAUAAGUAUAGGAUCAUUCAUCUCAGGCACUAUCAUAGUGUGGAUACAAGAUAACUCUGGUUGGGGGAUAGGAUUUGCCAUUCCUACUAUAUCUAUGGUACUAGCUAUUGCAUGCUUCUUUGCAGCCUCAAAUAUUUAUAGAUAUCAGAAACCUGGUGGGAGCCCACUCGCAAGAGUGUGUCAGGUGGUUGUAGCAGCAUUCCGUAAGCGGCAUGCCGAAUUGCCAAAUGAUAUGUCUCUUCUAUACGAAGUUGAUGGACAAACUUCAGCCAUUGAGGGAAGCAGAAAGCUGGAGCACACAAAUGAACUCAAGUUCCUUGAUCGAGCUGCCAUUAUCUCAUCUGCUGAUGUGAAGAGUGAAUCUUCUACAGACCCAUGGAAGCUUUGCACAGUUACCCAGGUGGAAGAACUGAAGAUCCUCGUAAGAAUGUUUCCCAUUUGGGCCACCACUAUCAUAUUCAGUGCAGUGUAUGCCCAAAACUCUUCCCUGUUUGUAGAGCAGGGCAUGGUACUUGACAAGCGGCUUGGAUCUUUCAACAUUCCUCCCGCAUCCCUCUCAACUUUCGAUGUAAUCAGUGUCAUCAUCUGGAUUCCACUUUAUGACCGCAUUCUUGUGCCAAUAGCUAGAAAGUUCACGGGAAGGGAAAAGGGUUUUUCUGAGCUACAGCGGAUUGGAAUUGGAUUGGUCCUAUCCAUUCUUGCGAUGGUAUCUGCAGCGCUUGUUGAGUUGAAGCGUUUAGAGGUUGCUAGGUCUGAAGGUCUUAUUCAUGAGAAGGUUAAUGUUCCGAUGAGCAUUCUUUGGCAAAUACCACAGUAUUUCUUGGUUGGUGCUGCUGAGGUGUUCACUGCUAUAGGUCAAGUUGACUUCUUCUAUGAUCAGGGUCCAGAUGCAAUGAGGAGUUUAUGUAGUGCAUUUGCACUUGUUACAGUAUCAGUGGGAGACUAUGUAAGCUCAAUCAUACUCACGCUGGUUUCAUACAUUACAACUCAAGGAGGCGAUCCUGGAUGGAUACCUGAUAACCUGAACGAAGGCCAUCUCGACCGGUUCUUUUGGUUGAUUGCAGGGAUAAGCUUUGUUAAUUUUGUGGUUUUCGUUGGUUGUGCUUCAAGAUACAGAUAUAAGAAAGCCCAGUAACUAAAUUACAAUGCAUAGUCAGUUCCUGUAGUUUGAUCUUAGAUAACAUGUUCAUCAAAUGCAUUGAAUCAUGCUAGAACAUAACACGUGCUGCUUCAGUUGUCCUUCGGAAGCCCUAGAGAAAAUUUGUACAGUUGA